AUGAUAAAAUCUAAGGAAUUUCCCAAGAACUUUCUUUUCGGCAGCCGUGAAGAUUAUAUCCUCAAAACACAACUUGAAAGCAUAUCUGCCGAGAGAGAAGGAAACGUGGAAUUCACCGCCCAGAAUACUCAGUCGAUGCAUUCUACCUUAGCCCCGCCAAAUACUCCUUGGUCCCCCAAAGACGCAUCUCAAGAUCACCAAGACUCACACAAGGGUCAAGAAACCCAUCCGAAUCUUGAAGAUGGACACCAUUCCAGUAUCAAGUCCCAAUCUAAAAUGGCUUCAUCCUCGGACGAAAAUUUUGAACACUGGAAAAUGAUCGCUAUCAACUCCCAGAAAGAGAACCAGAACUUGAAUUCUCAGCUUAUCGAAAUCAAGGCUCAAAACAAAAAUUUGAUUGAUGCACGGAACCGACGAGAAAUCAGCAAAGGUUCAACUGAGACCAUUUGGUACGCCCUUCUACAACAAAAUUGGCAACAAGUUCAGCGAAUCAAAGAGUUGGAGAAAGAUGCAAGUUUUAGAAAUAUGGACGGGCAGCUCGAAGUACGACUAAGUUCCAAACAGAUCGGUUCAUUCAUGGAAAGAAUGAGAUUGGCCCUGGAGUCCAUGAUGCACAAGAACGGUAUCAGCCUACGCACCAAUAUGGAUAUUUUAGACACCAAUACUGAUCUCCAGCAUCUUUUCCAUCUUUUAUAUGGUGCCGAAACGAAUUUGGGACUUGGGAAACUCAUGAAGAAUCUAGAUCCACAGCUCUUACUUCGUGGUCUCGCAUUGGCAGCGGUGAAGCAGUGGAUUUUUAUGACAGACUUUCCAGUAUUCGAGGAAAAUCGCUUGUCAUUGGCGCAAAUGAAAGUUAUCUCACAAAAAGGCGACUGGAAAUAUGCUCACAAACUUGCGCUGGAGAGCUACAUCAGUAUAAUACGGGAUCCCUCUUUUUCGGAGAAUGAUUUACGCGAGGAGACACAGAAUCUUGUGUCGAGAUUUGCCAAGGCCAUUGCUCCUCUUUGCAAGCCUCCGCAUAAUUCUGAAAAAAUUCUCGGUAAUAUAUGGGUCGAUUCAGAAGGCACAGUUGGAACGUUAUUUAUAACAGCCUUGACUUUCAAAGCCAGUACUGUUGCCACUGGGCAGCAGUAUGAAUUUGUUAUAUACCCACCAGGAACGGCAACAACUGAAGCUUUGCCUGUUUUUGAAAGCCUUGUUGCAUCCGAGCAGCCAGGAAAGGACUUGACUUGCGAAGUUUGGAGACAUGCUUCUCUGUAUGCUUAUGAAAUAGAGACUACUUCAAAAUUGAAUGAUCCUGAAGGUAUGAUGAUCAAACCAAGCAAUUUCAUUGUCCAUGAGGCAGGAGUGCGCGAGAAGAAAUCCUGCCUCAAAAGUGAAGUAGUAAUUUCAAAAGACUUUGACGAGAGCCGUUGGGAUACCGAUGAAGAAAUCAAUUUACGAGCAAAAACUGGACUCGGGAAAAGAGAAAAAGCCAACAGAGGUGUAAAGGGCCAUCAGAUCAAUGCAGACGUUGAUGAUACAGCAAAUCUUGGGAAGUUCACCACGAAGAAUGGAUUGCAGCGGGGCAUUGGGCCACCGAUAAUUGAUCAAACAGGUAGAUAUUCCCAGGAACCACUCAAGCAAUGUGGUGAGACACCUAGAGAAUCAUCAUCCUAUUGCUCGACCUGCUUGAACUUGUACCCAGAAGCAGUCCUCGAAGAGCACCUAAAGAAAAGACCUGUUUGGUGCCAAGCUCCUUGCUCUAUAUGCAGCGGGAAAUAUACCCGGAAGUCCGACAUUGCUAAGCAUAAACGACACCAAAAGAAUCAAAGAGUCGAUGCGGAAUUGAGCGGUACCAAAAAAUUGAAAACAUCUCCCCUCGACUUUUUAGUAGAAGUCGCAAAAAAGAAAUUGGAUGCCGAUCGGGUGACAACAGUCGCGAAAGCAGAAUUACCACAAAAGAAUUCUGGUAAAUCGAGACAAAUAUCUAACAGGAGAUCAACGCGGCUGAAUGUCCAAGAAGGAAGAGCUCUUGGAGUUGAAGAUAACAUGCCUCCUGGAGUGAUGAACGACAGUUCUCCUAAGGCGAAUUGCAAUGUUCCUCUUGAAGUGGAAGCUGAGGAUCUCUGCGACACCUCUGCAGUCAACGAAACUGAAACAAGACCAGUGACACCGAAGUCUUCAAGUUGUGAAAAGUGUGGGGCGAUUUUUACAUCUAGUGACGGCGUUACCAGACACCAAAGAAUGAAAAUUUGUAAGGCGUGCCCUAAGUGUGGAAAUUGGUUUGGCCGCAAGCAAUUGCUCAGACAUAAUUGCAACCAACAAAAAAACACAAAUCCAGACUGUGACAAAAUGGCCCUUACUGAGCCCCAUGGGCUUAGCGGGGAUGAAAUAUCUGCUGCAACCACGCAAGCUAGUCCUGAAUCGCCAGGUGAUCCAGAAACGGAGAGCCUGAAAAUAUCAAAUGACGAUUGCCAUGAGUUACAAGCGGAUGCAGUCUGUAGUCAAACAAGCUCCCCUCUCUCCGAGUUUGAAAAGUCUCCUGUCCUUGCAAUAACUCCGGUACAAUAUCCACCAAAGCGAACAAGGCUCUGUGGUGAUCAAGAUUCAGAAAAGCCACAGGCACAGAGGGAUGGUUUUGGUACUGGAGAAACUGAAGACAUGCGGCCGAUUAAAUUGCGUCGAUUGAAUGUCAUGCAAGAAGCGGCUACAAUGACAAAUCCCCCAAGUUUCUCUGAUCAGAAAACACUCGAAUUCAAUGGCCAUCAUGUACAAGCACCGACUCCUUCUCGAUCUACCACUUUCGAGGUUGAGAAGUGGCAGACUGUUGCUCCUAUAGAAUCCAACGAGCGGGGAUCGGGAACGGAUUUUAAGGUUCUCAACUUUGACAACUCUGCAGGUCCUCGGAACGCCUGGGAUUUGGAAAGCGACUAUAUUGCCUUCGAUUCUCAUCAGGAUGGUUUCUUGGGCUCAUUGGGAGAUUGCCAAAAUCCUUUCAGCAUCCAUCAGGACUUCCACAAUGAAAAUCUUGUGCCUUCCUCAAGGUCAGCAGUGUGUAUGGACGGAUCUCGAUCUCUCAAUUUUUCUGCCCAGCCCCUUGCUUAUGAAGAUCAUCAUACCGCAGCGGGAAGACAGCCCCAAGGAUCAACACACCCGGUGGCAUACCAUGUGACAAGAGAGAGAGAUUUCGGUAAUCCCCAGCGAAAAUCUAGUAACGCCAUCGCCGAUAUUCUUAAUGCUGACCUUUUGAAUGCCGAAGGGAUCAGCUAUAGUUAUUAAUAAGGGGCUUUCAUAUGUGUGCGAGCGAGGUUGUUGGCAAACAGUCAGUUUCUUGCUUUAUUUGACGUGCGAACUGAGUUGAGUCCUAUGUGUGUACGACCCAAAAAUCGCCACUCCCUGUUAUGAGGAGUUGCGAGGAAAAUGGUCAAUGGAAAAGACGUUAUUAAGCAAGCAUUAAUGAAUAGCGAUGGUCA